ACUAUCAGACACCCCUUCUUGACCUGGCCUGGUCAUGAUGAUCCUAUAAAUUCUUCGCCAAACACCAACCGAGAUCUAACAUGGGUCCUGUCAGGUUCGCAAGAUCCGUUGCGAUGCUCUGCCCGAGGGCUGCUCGCAUUGUAUCAACCAAAAUCUCGAAUGUUACGUGACCGAUCGCGUUACGGGGCGUACGGAACGGAGAGGGUACAUGCAGGAGCUGGAACGUGAAAAGACGGAUAUGUUGAAUCAUAUUCGGGAACUGGAAAAACUCCUCCAUCAAAAUGGUCUCGAAACUAAACCCUGGCGUUCAGCCUCGUUACCGGCCGAAAAUACUACCCCCGACGAAGGCGUAGGAAGCCAAAUACAAGAUUCUAUAGGGAAUUCAGUAGUGACUUCUCAAUGGGCCCAGCCCACAUCGUCCAACUGGACGAAGGAUCUACAUCGAGCUUUUCCCAUACCUUUCGCAAACUCUUUGCGUUCCAAUGUCGAAAUGAGACCAGCGGACGCACAUAUAGGCGUUGGUGCUGACCAAGCACCCCUAAGUUCUGUUAAGGGCAUGACCCUUUCUAUCCUUGGAAGCACUAUAGAUAUAGGAUCAUUCGACGCCCCAGGCAUGAACGAACCCUCUCCUGAUACCCCGGCUCGAACACCACUCUACAACAGGUCUGUCGUGGCCAUGUUGCAGUCCGCCACAAACAUAAACCCUUUAAUUCCUGUUGACUAUCCUCCAAAGGUUGACGCUUUCACGUAUGCUGAAUGGUAUUUUCUCAUGAUUUAUCCUUUCCACCCCGUCCUGCACAAGCCUACUUUCAUGUCCCUCUUGGGUCGUCUCUACGAUGACCCCAACUUCAAACCCACUGUGGCUGAAACAACUAUGGUUCACAUGGUAUUCGCCUCCAUAUAUAUGCAAUACGGGAUUCGAAAUCGUGAGCAGCCCGAACAGAGAGCGCGUUUAGAUGACUUGUCGAAUAAGCACUACCAUUACGCUUUAAGCCUGUUCUUUGACUUGGUUGUAUCCCAUUCCCUCCAGGCUCUCCAAGCCUUAACCAUGAUGGCCGUCCAUACCAUGCGAUUCCCAAAAUCUAAUACUAGUAAUAUGUUGAGCAACUAUUGUCUUGGCAUGGCUGUUGAGCUCGGCGUGCACCGUGCCUGGAAAAAGCCUGACGAAGAAACCAACCUGGAGAACGAGCUUCGUAAACGAGUAUGGUGGGCAAUUCUUUCGACUGCUGUCACUUUGAAUGGUCGAAUGGGACGGCCCAUGCCUAUUCGGUUAGAGGAUAUCGAUUCUGGGUUUCCUGAGCCGAUAGCCGAUGAACUUCUUACUAAGGAUGGUGUUGACACAACAAGAACAGCUCCAUGUCCUUUCGAAAUCGGCAUUUGUGCUUUCAAGAUUUCUGCUUUAUUCCUCGAAAUGUAUGCUCAUGUAUAUUGCCUAAGGAAAGAUCCUGACCGAUAUACCACCGUGAUUGGGACACUCGAAGAGCAACUUCAAGCCUGGCGAGACAAUCUUCCUCCCACCUUGAAGUUUCAAGACGGAGGACAACUCGAGCCAGAUCAAUCUAUGUUCGCUCUAUACGCUGAGUAUAUGAGUCUCGAAUUCCGAUUGACAUUACGGCAUCCAGCUGCCUGUGUGACGAACAACCCAAAGAUGGUCGCAGAAAAUACAAGAAUAUGUGAGAAAACGGCAAUGUACAUGCUAAAGAUCCUGCAUAAGUUGUAUAGGUUGAAGUCAUUAGACACAACAUGGUACUGUCUUUCAAUAUAUGUUGCGGCUAUAUUCUGCACUCUAGUUGCGCAUUGGGAAAGACGGCAUGAAACAAAUGCAGCUGAGGUACAGACCCUUCGAAAGGACAUGAAUAUUUGGCGAAGCAUCUUAGCCGAGGCUGGAGAUCUUAUGGGCUGCGGAAUGGGUCUCCAUGAUGCAGUAUCGUCUAUUAUCGAUCGUACUAUUGCCUGGAUAGAGCAUGAUCGUCUUCAAGAGUCCAACGGACCAGUCACCCAACCACAACUAUCACAAGAUAUGCUGAAGCAAUCUCCACAUUCACCACCUUAUAUUAAUCUACCUACGGCACCCAAUAUAGCGCCUAGUCAUAAUGAUACGAAGACGAUGAACGGACCAACGAGCCACGUCAUCUCAACACCACGUAAUAACUAUUAUUCCGAGGCCACUCCUGAAUCUGGAGCAUAUUCGAUUUCAUAUGCAAACCCCGCGCCUCAUACAACUAAUACUAUACCUUUUGAUCCUAAUAACUCCUUCCUAUACGCGCAGACAGCCGGGCAGGUGGAAGUGAGUCAUGCGCAUACACAAGCCCAAGCACAGGCACAAGUACAAGCUCAAGUUCAGAUGACGGAACACAACCCCAUAGCAACCUUUGCUACACAAGCUACGCAGAUGACGCAACCGGAGAUCAUGUGGCGGCAACAGCCUUCAGUAGGAAAUACUUGGCAAGACUGGACAGCCGCCAUCGUCGAUAAUCAGGAUCGAUAUAGCGCCAGCGCUCUGAUGUCUCUAGGCGGUUCUGGCCCGAGGCCCAAUGCCCAUGUUGAUGGCAACGCAACUAGCGGUUUGGCCUUGGGAGUGGGCAUGGAUAAUACCCCUACGACAACCACCGCCACCGCCACAAACACUGGCUCUAUGCAAUGGCCCUUGCUCCUAUUUUCGGAUGGAACGGGAGUGCUUGAAACAUAACAUCUUCCAAAAGUAAUAAGCGAGUGCGUUCAUUUCUAUAAACGCGGCGUCUAGGGGACUUCGAAUCAUAGUUCACCAUAUGUUGCAUGAUACCAUUCAUGGUGU